GGCCGUUUUAUCAACGUUCUACGACAUGUCGCAGGCAUGUUUUUGUCUUAGAGGUGUCGCAGACAGUUCGGUACCGUUUUAUCAACGUUUGUCGUGGUCUACGACGUCGUAGAAAAUGUCGCAGACUUACGACAACAUACGUGCCGUCGUAGACGUCUUAGCGACGUCAGUCUAUUGUAUUCAAUAUGGCCGCAUUGUUGCAUUUGUACAAUUGCCAAGGAAGGAGAAAUGAUAGACUGUUCCGUGAAAGGAUAGGAUUGGAUCAGUUAAGAGAUUUUGAGGUGAUGUCUAGAUACCGGUUAGACAGAGUGUCGAUCGAAGCUUUGAUAGGGCUACUCGCUGACGACUUGAUGAAACCUACACGGAGAUCGUGUUCAAUAAGUGCAGAAAUUCAGGUUCUUGUUACACUGAGAUACCUGGCUAAAGGUAGCUUCUACUCGGAGGUAGCAGACCUUCAUGGUGUAAGCAGGAGUAGUGUCUGCCAUGCAGUCGAGUCAGUUGUCACAGCUAUUAAUGACAAAUUAGACACCAUAAGAUUUCCCUUGGAAAGUCUGAAUUGUACAAAGUACAGUUUCUACAACAAAUGCGGGUUGCCAAAUGUCAUAGGAGCAAUUGACGGAACACUUAUUCCUAUACAGGCCCCAGCAGAAAAUGAGGCAGCAUAUGUUUGUAGGAAGGGGUUUCAUGCCAUAAAUAUGCAAGCUGUUGUUGACAGUAAUAUGAGAUUUCUGGAUAUUGUUGCAAGGUGGCCUGGAUCUCAACAUGAUUCUUUCAUCUUCAACAAUUGUGGAUUGAAGGAUGUUUUGGAGUCUGCUGAUUUAGGAUAUCUCCUUGGAGACAGUGGUUAUCCACUCAGGAGUUAUCUUAUGACACCAAUCUUAAAUCCUUCAUCAGUCGCUGAAGUAAACUUUAACAAUCAUCACAGUUCUGGUCGUUCUGUUGUAGAAAAGGCUUUUGGGGUUCUUAAAUCCAGAUUCAGGUAAUAUAUAUACAUGUAAAUACCUA